AUGGGGUUGAAGGCUAAGAGCAUGAGAGAAUCCGACUCUCCAGCGGAGACGAUGCAAAGUGCCACGAUUGAUUUACCUGUACCGCCAGACGGAGGUUAUGGUUGGAUACAGGUCUUGGCAGCGCAUCUAGAAGUGUUUAAUACAUUUGGAUACAGUUACAGCUUUGGAAUCUUUGAACAAUACUACCAUCAUGAGCUUGGUUUUAGCUUAUCGUCAACAUCUUGGAUAGGAAGCAUUCAUCUCUUUCUUCUCUUCGUCCUUAGUACAAUUUCUGGUCGUCUUUUUGACGCAGGAUACUUUCGUCACCUUCUGAUUGUUGGAUCUUUUCUUCAGAUACUCGGACUAUUCAUGGCGUCAAUAAGCACCGAGUACUGGCACCUCUUCCUCGCUCAAGGAGUCUGCAGCGGAAUUGGAGCUGGGUUGGCGUACUGUCCUGUCAUGGCUUGCGUGUCAACAUACUUCACUAAUAAGCGGGCUCUAGCUAUCGCAGUUGUCACAAGUGGUUCUGCUACUGGUGGGAUAAUCUUUCCUAUCAUCGCUCAGCAAAUGAUGUAUGUCCACGGAUUCCCAUGGACCAUCCGUUGCAUGGCAUUUGUGAUUCUAUUCAACGCCAUUAUAGUAGUGGCCUUGGCCAAGGAGCUUCUCUUACCUCGUAAGAAUGGCCCAUUCUUCGAAUUUGCCGCCUUUAGAGAGAUGCCUUUUGUUCUUUUUAGUUGUGGGUCAUUUCUCAUACUUUGGUCUGUAUUCAUCGGUCCUAGUUACAUCAAUCAUUACGCGACAUCCGUGGUCGGCAUCAGUAAUGAGACUUCAUUGACCAUACUACUUACACUCAAUGCUUUAAGUUGCCCAGGACGAAUCAUACCGUCUCUUAUCUCGGAUGCAUAUCUCGGUCCUUUUCGGACUUUGAUUCCACUCAUGCUUUCGGCCUCUGUGCUUUACAUCGGAUGGUUGGGGGUCAAGAACCUACCAAGUGUUUUCGUUUUUGCGAGCUUAUUCGGAUUUGUAUGCGGCGGUAUACAGACUGUGGGCAUGGCUGGUCUGCCGAAUUUGACAAUCGAUCACAGUAAGAUGGGUACGCGGAUGGGAAUGAUUCUGACUAUGUGCUCUUUUGCUGCGUUGACAGGCCCGCCCAUUGCAGGUAAGUUGAUUGAACAUGGCCAUGGCAGAUACCUUUACAUGCAGAUCUGGGGGGCUUGUUCAAUGGCACUGGGUGCAGGAUUUAUCUUUGCUGCAUUUAAGAGUCGACCGAAGGGUGAUAACUAA